AUGCUGAGAACACAUGCGUGGCAGCGUCGCCCGUUUGUGUGCACAGCAUGCCGACACGGCCGGUCUAUCGUCGAAACGCCGCGAAGGAUAGCAAUGAGCAGCGCCAGGUUUCCCAAGGCUGUCGCGUCGCUAUGGAAUGCACAAUUGGAAACCGCUAGACCUUUCUCGACCUCGAGUGGCCGCAAUGAUGACUCCAAACCGUCGUUCCCUGGUGGUUUUGCCAGUGGCGCUGGUAAAUUUGGUAGUUUCGGCGCUUUCGCGUCCAAAGCGAAGCCAACGGCAACCUCAGGCCUGCUUCCGCAUGAGCUAGCAGCGCGCAAAACAGCCGCGAUAGAUACACCUAAACCUGCGAUACCAACAAGCACAACGGAGCAAGCGAGGCCCUGGCAGCCCAGGCAAUCCAAGCCUCCGCGAAAACCCCGGCCGGCAGAUCCUGCUAGGGACGAAAAGACGUUGAAGUCCAAAUCUGUCCUGGCUGACAUUUUUCGAUCCGAUCGCCAGCCGCAAAAUCCGGCCAGGCCAGCCUCUUGGUCCUCCAACGAUCGAAAAGCGCAUGGAAACGACGCAGCUCGAAAGUCUGGCGACUCUAAUAUCUGGGAAGAGCUCACAAAGAAAAAGAGAGAUCCGGUUCCCCAUGCUAAAGGGGUUCAGAGAGCUAGGACGCCCAACAAAUCCUCAAAGCAAGGGCGCGACGAAUCCUGGGGCGAAGUGGAGGGCCAGGAAGGCGCGUCAGAAAUGCAGAAAAGUCGGUAUGCGCGUGAACGACAAGUGCCCAAGAAGAUGCAGGGCAAAUAUGCCGGCGUGCACAGUCACCCAUCGCAUGUUGGAGAUGACCUAGUCCCAAAUGAACUGCCGACGGAUCUAUCUUCUACAAAGCAAAGGAAAUCUAGAUUCGACGAGGCUCUUCCGGCUCGAGACAGUAAAAAGACGAAAAAGGCGAAGCGCCAGGGAAGCGGCCGCAUGAACGCUGACGAGGAUUUGGACGACGAUGCCGGUCGCUGGGAGGCAAUUCAGGAACGCAAGAGGGCCAAAGAAGCACGCAAAGCUAUCAAAGCUGAAACACUAAAGGUGCAGCCCAUCUUCCUUCCAGAGUACAUUAGCGCUACCGACUUGGCCCAUGCCCUCAAACAGCAUGUAGACUCCUUCAUGUCCGACAUGGAGGAGAUGGGCUUUGAGAAUAUUACAGGCGACACUGUCAUGACUGGUGAGACGGCCGCCCUUGUUGCCAUGGAGUACGGCUUCGAGCCCACAGUUGACGACGGUUCUAAGCGAGACUUACAGCCGGCGCCAAUUCCUGAAGAUGUGUCGUCUUUGCCUUCGCGUCCCCCAGUUGUGACCAUUAUGGGUCAUGUCGAUCACGGCAAAACGACUCUGCUCGACUAUCUACGCAAGUCGUCCGUUGCAGCGCAGGAGCACGGCGGUAUUACCCAGCACAUCGGUGCUUUUGUCGUCAGCAUGUCUACUGGCAAGCAAAUCACAUUCCUUGACACACCGGGCCACGCUGCGUUCUUAUCCAUGCGUCAGCGUGGUGCCAAUGUCACCGAUAUUGUUGUUCUAGUGGUAGCAGCUGACGACAGUGUCAAGCCCCAAACUCUCGAGGCUCUGAAGCACGCUAGAGCGGCCAAGGUACCCAUCAUCGUGGCCAUUAACAAGAUUGACAAGGAAGACGCUCGUAUUGAUCAGGUUAAGGCCGACUUGUCACGCCAUGGCGUCGAAAUUGAGGACUACGGUGGUGAUGUACAGGUUGUCUGUGUCAGCGGCAAGACUGGCCAAGGCAUGAAUGAACUCGAGGAAAAUAUCAUCACACUGUCAGAAAUUCUUGACGUACGCGCCGAGCCUGAUGGCAUGGCGGAUGGCUGGCUUCUAGAGUCUAGCGUUAAGCAGAAUGGCAAAGCCGCUACGGUGCUGGUCAAGCGUGGUACCCUGCGACCAGGUGAUCACGUUGUCGCGGGUAAGACCUGGGCCCGCAUCCGUCUUCUGCGCAACGAAGCCGGCGCGGAGAUCAAAGAGGCUCCUCCCGGGACUCCUGUCGAGAUCCUCGGCUGGCGAGAACUGCCCGCAGCCGGCGAAAUGGUUCUGCAAGCACCGGAUGAGGCCAAAGCCAAGAUGGCCGUGGAGUACCGCCUGGAGAUGGCGAACCGCGAGGCAAACUCUGUCAACAUUGCGGAGCAAGAGCAGCGCCAGCGCGAAAAGGUGGCGGCCGACACCCUGGCCGUCGAGAGAGCAGAGCUGGGCGAGGAGGCCGAAGACGAGGCCGCCGCCGCCGCGCCCAGCGUGCUGACACAGAGCUUCAUCGUCAAGGCUGACGUGGCAGGCUCCGUCGAGGCCGUGGUCGGCAGCAUCCUGGAGCAGGGCAACCACGAAGUGCGGUCCAAAGUGCUUCGCUCGUCGGCGGGCCAGGUGACCGAGUACGAUGUCGACCUGGCUGCCGCGUCGGGCAGCUUCAUUGUCAACUUCAACACGCCUGUCCCCCCGCACAUCAAGCAGCGCGCCGAUGAAGCCAAGGUCCGCAUCCUGGAUCACACCGUCAUAUACCACGUUAUCGACGACGUACGCGCCGCGCUCGGCGACUUGCUACCCGCUCUCACUACGCAGCGCGUGCAGGGCGAGGCGGACAUUCUGCAAGUCUUCCCCAUCAACGUCACCCGGCGCGUGAUCCGCAACAUUGCGGGUUGCAGAGUGCGCAACGGCACGCUCAAGAAGGGCACCAAGGUCAAGGUGCUCCGCAAGGGCCAGGUGGUUUACGACGGUGUCAUCGAUACGAUCAAGCACGGCAAAAAAGACGUGCAGGAGAUGGGCAAGGGCACAGAGUGUGGUAUCGGUCUGGAAGACUUUGAAGAAUUCCAAGAAGACGACCAGCUGCAGACGUACGAGGUCCUCUCAGAGAAGCGCAGCCUGUAG